CGGACGUCCGGCACGUCGGCCGCGAUGGCCGGACGAGUGACGGCGGCCAGCCAAAUGUCCGCGUGGCUGUUGGCCUGCGUCACCUUCUGGGCUCAAACGUCGAGCACACACGCAGCCGCUCCCGGCAGUAGUAUGUUUGGCGACGUGAACAUUUCAGCUAUAUUAGAUUCGUUCAGCGGCAGCUACGACAAAAGAGUAAGACCGAAUUACGGAGGUACUCCAGUAGAAGUCGGUGUCACCAUGUACGUGCUGAGCAUCAGCUCUUUGUCUGAAGUGCAAAUGGACUUCACGUUGGAUUUUUACUUCAGGCAAUUUUGGACAGACCCUCGGUUGGCGUUCACCAAACGGCCGGGGGUCGAGACCCUGUCCGUGGGAUCGGAAUUCAUUAAAAAUAUUUGGGUGCCCGACACAUUCUUUGUAAAUGAAAAACAGUCGUAUUUCCACAUAGCUACCACCAGCAACGAAUUUAUAAGGAUACAUCAUUCGGGCAGCAUCACUCGGAGUAUUCGCUUGACCAUCACCGCUUCGUGUCCGAUGAAUUUGCAGUAUUUUCCGAUGGACCGACAACUGUGCCACAUCGAAAUCGAGAGCUUCGGCUACACGAUGCGAGACAUUCGUUACAAAUGGAACAAGGGACCAAACUCUGUGGGCGUAUCCAACGAAGUAUCAUUGCCGCAGUUCAAAGUGUUGGGCCAUCGACAGAGAGCUAUGGAAAUUAGUUUGACCACGGGAAAUUAUUCGAGACUGGCUUGCGAGAUACAGUUUGUUAGAUCAAUGGGUUACUACCUCAUCCAGAUAUACAUACCCAGCGGGCUGAUUGUCAUAAUAUCGUGGGUCAGCUUCUGGCUGAACCGAUGCGCUACACCCGCCAGAGUAUCACUCGGUGUUACCACCGUGUUGACUAUGACCACGCUUAUGUCGUCCACCAACGCGGCGUUACCAAAGAUAUCCUACGUCAAAUCCAUCGACGUGUACUUGGGAACUUGUUUCGUCAUGGUCUUCGCAUCGCUACUGGAAUACGCCACCGUGGGGUAUAUGGCAAAAAGAAUACAAAUGAGGAAAAACCGUUUCUUGGCCAUACAAAAAUUAGCCGACCAGAAGAAAGUUGGCGGUGGCCGAGGAGGUGGUGGUCAUGGUGGAGUUGGUGGUGACCACCGUGAUUCGCAUUCCCACGCGCACGGCCACCAUUCCCGUCAUCAUGGCCACGGUUCGAUUUCCGGUCACAGCACCAUGUCCGGUCACGCCGCCAUCUCCGGACACGGCACCUUACCGCACGGCUUGUCCAGUCACACUCUAGCGUCUCACGGCACGUUGUCUGGCCACGGACCCCUGUUGGGCGGCCACGGCACACUGUCGGGUCACGGCCAUUAUGACACCCACCGUCACGGUCACAUGGGUCACGGUGCAACUACUCUGGCCGGUUCCUUGAUGAUGGGCGACACGGAUCAUACGCCCAGGCAAACCGUACGAUACAAAGCGCACGAUCCGAAAAACUAUCUGAAAGGCGGUUCGUUGGAGAACACUCUUGGCGGAGACGACGACAACAUUACACCGAUGCCGACGCAGCACAUCAUGCAAACCAAGAAAGACAUCAAUAAGAUGUAUGGGAUCACGCCCAGCGACAUCGACAAGUAUUCCAGAAUUGUGUUCCCGGUAUGUUUCAUCUGCUUCAACCUCAUGUACUGGAUCAUAUACUUGCACAUCAGCGACGUGGUAGCCGAUGAUCUGGUACUGCUGGGAGAAGACUAGAUUAUUUAAACAUACACAUAGAUAAUUAACUGACGGUAGAACGAAAACAAAAACCGAAACAAAUACAUCAUAUUAUUACAUGCCAUGCCCGCAAAGGCACACUCUCAGGCUAACCGAUAACUGGCGGAAAGCACUAUAUUAUUGUAUAAUAUUACUUUGUAAUUUGUAAACUAGGUUUAGUAAAGUGCUCAACGGGGAACAAAUUCCUACAAAACGUGUAGUUUUGUCAAAAUAGUAAAUAAUAGUUAACCUAAUUAAUACCUUACUAUAUUGUACAUGCCAUAAGUAUUACAGUAUCUGUAGCGUUAGGAUUUUAAUAUCUGCAGGGUGUUUUAAUAAAACUUCUCAAUUUUAGCCACUAGGAAUUUAUUAUUAACACUGUAAAGUAUAAAUCAAAACCAUUUAAAUUUAUAAUAUUUCGAAUGUACCAAUUCGUCGCCCAUAAAUGAUGAACGUUUUUUCAAAAGCAAAAAACUGGAAAUAGAAAACUUAAGUAGAGCGAGUAAAAUCAAAAGUUAAGUUCAAAAUAAUAUAUAUAUACAUAAUAAGCGCAUGAUAUAAAUAUCACUUAAAUACAGGCUAAUCAGAAUUUCAUGAACCAGUAGUUUUUUAUAUGAAAUAAUUGUUUUAGGUAAGACAUUUUAGGCAAGAAAAAAUGUUUUAUGAUAAGUUAACGGAAAUAGUUUUUUUUUAUGUUCAAGAUUAAACAAAUGUUUUAGAUGGAGUGAUCGUUUGAAAUUCACUAUUAGAGUAACCUACAAUAUAUUAUAUGAAGUCUUUAUACGUUAUACAUUUUUAAAAGUUACACACCACCUUCAUAAAAAUAUGAUCAGACUGAAAAUGAAAAAUUACUUUUAGUCAAUUAUUAUAAUAAAGAUUUUAUAUGCGACUAUACUUAGUUAACUAAAAUAAUUAUUUUACAUAAAAAACGACUGUUUUGUGAAUUUUGUAUACCCUGUAUUUAGUCGUCAUGGACAAUUUUUUUUUUUUUCUUGAAACCUAUGCCAAUAACGGAACAUUUUGAUAAUAAGUACACAUUGUACACCUUAAAAAAAAAUUGGCUAUACAGGAUGUUUCACAAAAAUAUGACAAAUUAAAUAAAUUUUGUUCUAGUGAAGAUUUUUUUCUUAAAAUUAGUUCAUACUCGUUCGCGCUAUCGGACUCAACCGUUUUACUAUAUUAAAUCGUUGUUUAUUUCUUUGGUUACUCUUUUUUAAAAUUUAAUACAGCCAUUUUAUUCAGGAUAAUUUGCUGACAUUUUGAUUGGUCGAAAACCACUCUUAGAUACAAUUUUAACCUUUAAUAACAUACAAAUUAACAAUCCAAAACCGGUUGUCGACUUGUCAACAUUGUCGACAAAUUAUUUUUAAUAAAAUGGCUAUCUUAAAUUAAAAACAAAUAAAAGUAUCAAAAAAAUUACUUAGAACAGUUAAUAAAAACCGUGGUGUUUAUAGCGCAAAUGAGUAUAAUUAUUUAAGUAGUCUAUUUACUAGAACAAAAGUUACUUCGGUUGUCAUACGUUUGUUAUAUAUAAUUGUAGAUAAAACUAAGUAUUAUAAAAACAAAAGCCAAAAUUGAAAGUGUACUGCGUUAGAUGCAUUUUUUAUCGAGCUUUUAAACAAUAAUAAUAUAUUUUGUAUGUAUUCGAUAUGAAUCGAAAAAUUCACUUGAGAUAUAAUAAUACCUAUACCGCAAUAUAUAUUUUUAUUAAGACGAUAAAAAAUAUAAUUUCUAACGUAGGUAGUAAAAUAUACAACUUUUUUCUGUGAAUUAUUCCGCACUAUAGUGUAAGUAUAAUAGUAUUGUAAUAAUAUU